UGUAUAACACCAAGAGGAAAACAUCUUUUUAAGGAGACAGUGUACUAUUACUUCAAACUAAAAAAAAUCAUUAAAAUAAGGAUUUUAACGCACAUAUAAAAAUGUCCGAAGAAGCAUAUGAAAUGACUAGAUCCCAUUCAGGUGCAUCAAACUCAACAGAUCAGUACUUGGAAACUUAUAAUAAUAGAGAAGAAGAAGCUCGUUUAUUAAAUAAAGAAGAACAGUCUGACUCUGGUGAAGAAGAAGUUGACGAUGAAGAUGAAGAUUGGGCAAUUAUCGUUGAAGAAACAAAUGGAGAACUUACACAAGAAUUUAUAAAGGAGAAUCCAAUAAUAAAAUACAUUUGUAUUGGCUUAGCCAUUGGCGUAUGCUUUGUUAUUUUUAGAAUAGCGAUUGUAAAGAUUAGUGAAGGUUCACAUCACCAUGUAAGAGGAGCCGAAAAAUUAUAUUAUAAUGGUUCGGACUACUUUGCUUCAACCGUUGUUUUAAUCUCAUUAGACGGAUUUAAACCUGAUUAUUUAGACAGAGAUAUAACCCCAAAUAUGAAGCAGCUAGCUGAGAAAGGUGUUAUGGCAAAAUAUAUGCAUCCUGCAUUUCCUCCAAGUACUUUUCCAAAUCAUUGGACAUUAGUUACAGGUCUUUAUCCAGAAACACAUGGAAUCGUAGCCAACGUAUUUUAUGAUCCAAACAUGGAUGCCACUUUUAGUCAUUCCAAUUUCUCAUCUACUAUUGACCAUAAAUGGUGGGGAGGAGAGCCUAUUUGGACUACAUCAAGAUAUAAUCGAAAGCGUAGUGGUUCGAUUAUGUGGCCCGGUUCAGAGACAAAUUAUAAUCCACCUGACUUGGUUGUUAGAUUUAACAGUACAAUGGGAAUAAAAGAAAAAAUAGAUACAACUUUGAAAUGGCUGGAUCUACCUUACAAUGAUAGGCCGCAGAUUAUUACAGUUUAUGUUCCACAAAUUGAUCAAGAAGGACAUCGUAGUGGUCCAAAUGGGCCUAAAAUGAAUCGUUUUAUUAAAGAAGUAGAUGACGCUAUUGGCUAUUUGGCAGAGCAAUUAAAACAAAGAAGGCUUGAUGACUACGUUCAUACUCUUAUUGUUAGCGAUCAUGGCAUGGCAGAAAUAAAUAGUUCAAAAUUAAUAUAUUACGACGAUAUUAUUUCAAAUGAUGUCUUGAGUCAUCUUAAAAAUAGGGAAGCAUCACCUUUAUUAGAUUUUCGACCUAAAUCAAAUGCUCCUAAAGAUACUAUUAAAAAAUUAUAUGAACAAUUAUAUAACUAUACCCAAAAUACAACAAAUGCUCAUUUCGAAGUUUAUUUACGUGAAAAUGUGCCUGAAAGAUAUCACUAUAAUAAUUCAGAUAGGAUUACACCUAUAGUAGCUAUACCCGAAGUUGGCUACUCUUUUACCACUCAUGCUGAAGUUGAGAAAGAAGGCGGCUUUAAAAAAGGUGGAAAUCAUGGAUAUGAUAAUUUGGCGGCUGAUAUGAGAGCUAUCUUUAUUGCAAAAGGUCCCAAGAUCCAGCAUGCUUAUCGACCUGGAAGUAUUCUGGCUCCCUUUUUUAAUAUUGAAGUGUAUGGUUUAUUAUCAGAAUUACUCAAUAUGGAUGCUGCACCUAACAAUGGAACUUUAAAAGCUAAAUUUCCUAUUAUUUAUCAACCACCAUUUUAUAAAUAAACAUCUUAUUUAUUAUUCAUUCAUGUACAUAUUUUUAGUUGCCCAUUUUAAUUAUUUCAUGAUAUAAAAGCUUAUUCCAAUCAUCUACUGGGCCUGGUAGACAAGUAUGCAAACAAUCAUGAUCUGGCUGA